AUGGCACCCCAAAAACAAUCCGAACGCCUCAAACACGUCGCCGCAAAGGCAAACUCCUCCAACCCUUCGCAACUAGGCGACCCCGUCUCCCUCAAAGCCGAAGUCUCGAAGCUUUCGCCGACGGAAGAAGACUUGGGCGCAGCAGCGGACUCCAAGACGCCCUCCUCCUCUUCCAAGCAGCAGUCCGGCGGUGCUGCGGGAGGCGCCAAGAACUCGGACGGGUCCCCCGUGCAGGACUAUGACAAGAGACGGUUAAAGGAUGUUGCCAUGGAGAACCUCGAGAGCGGGAACCCUUCGCAGUUGGGGGAUCCGGUUAGUCUCAAGGCCGAGGUUACGGAGAAGGAUCCGGCGCCGGGGAGGGCUGAUGGGCAGAGGGUGGAGAAGUCGAAGCUCUGA